CUGGUGUUUGAAAACGAUGUGAUGUGUUUCACAUUUGUGAAGCAAGGCAAGGUCUGGUGGCCAUAUCUACUAAACAGAGUGCUACACAGCUGGCUUUAAAACCACUUACUAGAGGAUAAGUUGAUCAUAGGAAUUUAAGAAGAUAACUGCACUCGGACCACGCUACCAAGGACGCACUAGAUGCAGACGGAGCGUGCAAAGAGGAUGGACUCUGCAGGAGAAGAAGCGUCCCUGAAUUCACCUGAGCUGCCCUGGAACCAGCUCUAUUUGAAGAGAAGGACCGAGUCCAGGAUCCAGUUAAGGAGGAGAGUGUGCUUCACUGGCCCUGCUGCUGUUGUUACCGGGGUAUUGGCAAUCCUCAUACUGGCUGCUGACAGUGUGAGCAGCGACAGUGAGUUUGUGACAGUCCCGAGCUCAGUGAAGUGUACUGAGGGGCAGGACUGUAUCCUGAGCUGCACCUUCAACUACACAGCUGGAGGCUGGGAUGAGAAGUCAGCUGUGAUCUGGAGAAGAGCAGAAACGGGGCACAUCGUUCACAGGAUCUGCAACAACACGGACCAGCUUGCCAAUCAGCUCCCUCUGUAUGUGAGCAGGACCAGCCUGUUUGAUUCUGAGCUGCAGCGCGGGAACGCUUCACUGCUGCUGAGGAGAGUCAGGGAGGGAGAUGCUGGAGAAUACAAGUGCUCUGUUUACACUCUUAGACUGUACGGGUCGGGCCUAACUGAGGUAGUCGUGGUUCCGGCUCAACCCAUAACAGCACCAGCUCAUGUGACAGUCCCGAGCUCAGUGAAGUGUACUGAGGGGCAGGACUGUAUCCUGAGCUGCACCUUCAACUACACAGGUGGAGGCUGGGAUGAGAAGUCAGGUGUGAUUUGGAGAAGAGCAGAAACGGGGCGCAUCGUUCACGGUUACCAUGACAACACGGACCAGCUUGACCAUCCGCUCCCUCAGUAUGUGAGCAGGACCAGCCUGUUUGAUUCUGAGCUGCAGCGCGGGAACGCUUCACUGCUGCUGAGGAGAGUCAGGGAGGUAGAUGCUGGAGAAUACGAGUGCUUCGUUUCCACUCCCAGACUGUCCGGGUCGGGCCUGACUGAGGUAGUCGUGGUUCCGGCUCAACGACGCGCCUGGUGGGGUUUAGGAGCAGUUCUUCUUUGUGUGAUUGCAGGGCUCUGUGUCGGUCUGUGGCUCUAUAAAAAACACGCAGGUUGCUGCAGGAAAUCCGACAUGGCUUCUAGUCCAGCACAGGCAGUGCCGUUAUCAGAUGUGAUCGAGGAGCCCAGUGAAGUCAGAUGGCUCCCCUGCACAGCUCAAUAUACCCAGUUUAAUUCAAGCUCCCAAAACGAAAUAGUCACUUUGAAUUAGGAAACGUGAUCAGUGUUGAAGAGAAAUUUUAAAAAUCACAUUGUUUCCGAGACAAUUGAACUAUAAUCUGUACUCUCGUUGUCUUUGCACAAUAUCGGAACAAUCCAGCAAAGAGAUACAGUAGUUUAUUCAAGGUGACAUUAACCUCUUCAGCUCCAGGAUGCACAUCAAAGGAAAGAGCACUUGCAGUACCACGCCCUGCCUGCGCACGUCAAGGUUUGCCGUCUGUUCUCUGGGGUUUUUAUUUUCAAUCUGAUCUCUUUGUAUUCAUGCUCUGAGGCAGGGUUAGUGUGUGUGUUUUGAAGUCGGGGAGGAGAGAUGGAAAUCAUCAGGUGACUUUAUUAUCCAGUUGCAUUUUAUGCACAAAUCCCUCUCUAUCUGUGAAGACAUUGACAAGAGCUGGAGACGAUCAACGAUCUCAAGUAUAUACAGAAUAUUUCAUUGUAUUAUUUCUGCAGUUUUGCUUGUCUACCUUUAUUUUAUAUUAGUAUUUGAUUUCAAAAAAUAUAUGGCAGCGUACAUGGAUUGUUAGAAGAGGAGCGCUGAAGAGUUUGAGCCGUGUUCGGAGGAUUUCUGAAAGCAGCGACAGCACUUGGAGUAUCUUUUACAGUGCUGGGACAAAAUACUGUGAAGCCAGAAAUACUUGAAACCAAAACAUUCAGUGAAUCACUCCCAUAAAACCUAUUUUACUCCAGAAAUGUGGCGGCCUGUUACAUUAUACGAAGUAUGUAUUGUCAGUGAAUUUUUUUUUUUUUUUUCAUAUGUGAAAACCACAUAAUAAACACAACUCAAGAAAGAAAUCUAUAUAAAAAAUCAGAAUCAAUUCUACAAUCAUCCUCUUUAACCUUCUUUUUAUUAUUUUGUAUUUGUUUUGUUGUUUUAUUAUUUAUUAUGUUUAAAUAUGAAGGUGAAAAGCCGUAGUUGUUAUUGUCACACACGCUUAUAAAAUGAAGCAAAUACAAAACAGUUGCAUCGAACAUGGAUUAUAUUUUAAUUAUUAUUAUUAUUUUUUUUUUAACAUAGAACCCUAACUCCAAAACCAAAGAAAUUCUUAGUCUUAACUCUCUGUACUAUUUUAGUAUAUUUUAAAGAACAGAAAAAUAUGCUCAACUUGUUUAAUAAUAUACUAUGGAGGUUAUUUUUUUGUCCUGUAAAGAAAAAUCUAUUUAUUAGAAAAAAAAUAUAUAUUUAUUUUCCUUGGUCUGUAUACAUUUCUGUAUUCAACCUGAAACUGAACUGAGACCAAAUAAACCAUUAACCUUAAAGAUGUUUUCUUUGUAUAAUAUAAUUAAGUACAAUAUGAACUUUUAGUCAAAUGUUUUGACAAACAGUUUAUUUCAAUUUUGUUUUUAUUAUGUGUUUAUUUAGCAGACGCUUUUAUCCAAGGCGACUUACAGAGACUAGGGUGUGUGAACUAUGCAUCAGCUGCAGAGUCACUUA